AUAAGAAAAACAAUUUAAAUAAAAGUUUUCAUGUGUAAAAUCACGAUAAAAGGUUAUCAACCGCCGGUAAAACGCAUUUCCCAUGCAACCGUAGAAAGCAAAAUGAAACUAAAAAUAAUAAUUAAAUGAAUUAGAAUUAGAAUAAACAAAAAGCCCAGCUGUAUUAUUCGGGUAAGGAGGGAAGCAACAUAUUCCAACUAUAUGGGAAAGGAUGGUCGAAUUUCCUUCAGUGGUUCUCUGCUGUUCUAGUGACUAUGACGGAUAAUGUAAAAGUGGCUACGUAACGUGUGAACUUGUCGGGAUUUGCACAUUUAGUAAUAUGGAGUGGUUAUGGAUUACUUUGUUGUUAUUAGUCUCUGACAUACACACAAUCCAAACCCACCUACAAAGACCGGUAAGAUUCAUUGAUAAUCAAAGACACUUCCGUCAUAUCGACUCUUCAGUGUCCACCAAUUUCGAUUGGGAACUGAGUUUGAGAGAAGCUACAGUACAAGCUCUAUAUAGAGAACAUGUUGACGACCCUAAUUUGAGAAAACAUAUUUAUUCAGCGCCACUUUUGGGCAAACAGAAUAAGGCAACCCCAUUUGGUGAUAUAGCAAUAUUAGCAAGAGGACAACUGUACGCUAAUUAUGCUGGAUACAUUUUCGUACAAGAUCCCUAUCAGAAUAAUUGCGACGAUUGUUAUAAUAUAGAUGAGGGUCCUCUUAGAGCAAGGUGCAUCGCUAACAAUUGCCAGAUUUGGCACCCAAGAAACAAUGAACAUGUAAUAGUCUUAUGGUCAAUUAAACGAAUAAGACAUAGAUCAGAGGGCCACAAUAAAAUAGAGUUUGAAUAUACCAUAUCACCUGUAGGAUUUAGACAUUCCAAAGAAAGAUAUGUAACCAAAGACGGUACAUUUAAUUAUAAUCUACCUGGUCACGUUUUCCUGCUGAAAAGUUCAGAAACUCAUCAAAAUUUAGACAAUGUGCCCUCAAAACUUAAACAGUUUCAUCCUGGAGCACUGGUAGCUCAGACUUUGGAUGGAACCAAGUAUAUUCUGCAUAGUUUUCCGGGAAUUUUAGCUUUGGAACCACCAGGAUAUCAAACAACAACAAAAAAUGUAUUGCCUACAAGUAUUACGACAACUACACAAGAUCCCAAAAAAGUUUAUCAGACUUUAUUGGAAGUACUAUAUCAGAAAACUUCAACUGGAGCUCAAGGGUUUACUCCAGAGCCACCAAAAACCACAAUCGCAGCAGGCACAACGUUAGUACAAUUCACAGACAUUCAAGUAAUCCCAAUGACAGAUUUAGGAAGUUCAUUUAUAACAAAAACCACUCCAAACUAUGUAACUAUAAGAUUUCCGGAAACUCCUACCAGCCAAACCAAUGGAAAAUACACUUCAGUGACACCUAUUGUCUUUAAGCCUUCUACCAAUGAAAUUCCACCAACAACAUCACAAACUUCGAUAAAACCCUCAACACCUCAUGAUUUUUAUACGACCCCGUUUCUGACGACACCAACUAGAUUUCAACCGGUUUAUACCGAACCUCAAAAGCCAAUUACUACUAAACCUCAUAUGAAAACCACUUUCCACUUUUUUGCUGCAGAAGAACCAACUAUAAGGCCCAUUACAACUACCCAACAAUAUACAGAAAAUGAAAUAUUUUCAAUUGAAAGUGUGAAACCAACUAAACCAACUAGAAUUACAACUUUGGGAAGUACUAAAACUACACAGCGGUUUAAGGAGACUACGACCAAAUGGCCAGUUACUACUGUAAGGCCCGCUACUGUAGGAAAAGUGACCCAACCUAUUAGAACUACUUAUGCAAUAACAGAACAAACCACCAAACCAGCCUAUAGUGAUUUUAGUAUUCCAAUAGUGGUGGUAGAAGAAGAUACUUCAGUUGGUACAACUGCACAAGAACCAACUACUACCAAUAAUCAAUUUCACACGACAACCAUCCCUCCCUACCAAGAAACCACAACUAUUGGUACGACUAGAGUAACUCCAACAUAUGUAACCAAUAAUGAAGACAUAAAAACCACUAUAGGAGUUACUAGGAUUAUGAGCACUAUUCAAAACCUAAACACAGGAAUGACAUUUUAUGCUGCUGAAGAUACUGAGAGUACAGCUAGUAGUUCAAAUAAACCAACUACAACAAGACGGGAGGAAAUUGAAACUACUUUUACUAGUGGUAGUAGUUCAACAACAAAAGUUACUCCAACUUCAAUGAAAACUGCUAUACCGAAAAAAAUUGAUAAAGUAACUGUCAAAGCAACUUCAUUUUAUCCCGAAGAAGAAUUAUUUGGUUUGACAAAACACAUUCCUAAAAAAUCUAAACCAACUAAAUCGUUAAAAGUUAGUCCUACACAAGCUAGUGACUUUUUGGUUGAUGAAAAUCCUCAACAAGACAGAACCCCGUUAUUUAAAAAGCCAUCAAAAGAUUAUAAUGAAGACGAUAUUUUCGGAUCAACAAAAACUACCAUAUUUUCGUCAAAAAAGCCUACCACAAGAGAAUAUUCAAAAUCUGACCUUGAAAAGGCACUAUUUGAUUUGAAUAACAAUCGUAGAUCAAAGGCUUUAAAUAAAAGAAAAUCUAGUACCACAGAAGCAACUCCAUCCAAAUUCCUAUAUUCGAGUUAUUUUGAAACAUCUACCCUACCAAUGACAACAGAAACUCCUCAGGCAACUACAAGUGCUGUAGCAGCUUCAUUGGUACCAAAAAGAAAACUGAAAGUUCCUCUUCCGAAGCUGAAAAAAAUUGAAAAUCCUGUGACAAGCCAGAGUUAUUUAACAUCGAUUUCUUACGAAGUCAACAAAAUUGAGAAACCCCAGCAAACAAUUACAACACAGAAAAAGGAAAGUAAAGCCACAAUUGAAAGGAUAAAUCCUGCAAUAAGAGAUUCAGAAGAAGAUGAUUUUGCUCUAAGGCUAGUAGGUCAAGCUAAAGGAGUGGCUUAUUUAGAUCAAACAUCAACAACUGGGGCGAGUACUGCAGCUAGUGUCAGUGUCAAAACCACCAAAAUGCCUAAAUAUACAAGAAGAAGGAGUUAUAUUGCUAGAGCAAAAAGACCAGUUAGGAAAAAGAUUGUAAAAGAGAUUGAAAAUACAAAGUAAAAAUGUAUAUAUUUUUCUCAAAUUGCUAUGUUAAUUUUAU